GUCGUAGCCUCGCCAAUGGGUCAUCAGGUGGUCGAGCGCGGCGCUCCGUAGCCACUUUGGCUCAAGCCUUGGCUGGCUGGAGCCCUUGCGGGGUUCGCCCGGGCGCAGGGGCAGCGGCGUCCGCGGUUCACCAGGCGGCCAUGUUCGGGACGCCGAUGGGAAGCCCGCCAGGGACGGGGCCGUGCAGCUGGCCGUGCAGCCGGACAGGCAGCCCUGUGCGCAGCGGGGCUGAGCCAGACCCAAGCGUGGCGGCGACCUCGGAGGGUGACUCCAGCAGGAGGGCGCCUUGGCCACACCGCUUUGCACAACGGCAAGAUCUGAGGCUUCUCCGGGGAGAGGUGAUCUUGAUGGCGGGAACGCCUCACGUGAUCGUCGGCUACGACGGCAAGCACGAGGUAUACUUGUGCUGGGCUGGCAACGCCGAUGGAGGAUGCGACACCUCCCGCCUGAUCUCGGUCAGGCGCUCGCUCGCGCACACAUCCCAGAAGGACCUGUACGCAGAUUCGACAGCAAUGCCGCCGCUGCCGAGCAUCGACCACAUGGGCCGCCCAGUGCAGUGCGAGGCCAAGGCGGGCAAGCUCACCGCGGAGGGCGUCACGGCCUUGCCGGCGGCUGCGGACGGCGUGGGGCUGGCCCCAGGGAGUGCCUUCUCGGAGGCCUCCCGCCCGCAGAGAUUUAGCCGCCGGGCCACGCCGGCCUCGUCGGAUGGCGGGACAGGUUGCCGAAGGUCCCCGGAGGCCACGACGCCGCAGCCCGAGCUUGCGAAGCAGUGCACGCUCGGAGCGGUGCUCAAGGUGCUGGUGCUCGGUAUCGGCACAGUCGCCCGGGUGGCUGGCCAAGCGGUGUGCGGAUGGUGGAGCUCUCGCGCGGCAGACGCGAUGCAGUCCAGACACGAGUGGGUCCAGCGCCGCGACGGCACGUACUACCGAGCGGUGAAGGGAGAACCGGCCAAGAUGUCCUUGACGCGUGCGACUUCGCAGCCCUGUGCCAAGCUCGAGUCAGCUACUACACCAGUUCACGACGACUUCCAGAUACACAUACCCAUUGUGAAGCCCCCAGGCUGGCAGGAGGUACAGCCGCUCGUGCACCAGAUGCCCGUGACCUUCGACGAGCGCGGCAUCAAGGAGUCCCUGACGGUGAAGACCCACAGGUGGGGCAUCUUCGUGGACAGGCAGAAGGCGAGACUCCUGCGCGAGAUCGACGAGAUGAAGAUGUCGGGCAGCUGGGACGACCCAGAGGAAGAGGAGGAGGAGGAUGACGGGGACAGCUCUUUUUCCGCCGACGACAACGGCAUGUUCCCCUCCUCUCCCAGGGGCGCGCAGCAGAGCCGGGACCCCGACGGCUGCGGCAGGAGCAGGCCCAGUCGCAGGCAGGACAUCAGGGAGCUCGAGCACAUGGUGGAGCGGAUGGAGGACUGGAAAGACCUGAGCCGCUACUCCGGCAAGAGCAUCAGCAUGGCCUCCACGCAGCGAGGGAACGAGAUGAAGAUCCACAUCCUCGCCUUUGCCGAGCGAGAGGACGGCCUCGGCGUUGAUUUCAUGUGGCUCGACUACAGGAAGUCCGUGGAGGUGCGGUCGGAGAAGCAGAGGCCGCCGGGCGGCGUGCUGCACGCGGUCUGGGCCGCCCUGCCGUUCCUGCGGGAGCCGCGCGGCGACCCGGAGGCGCGGGAGAAGCGGUGGGUGGACCUGCUGCGCCGGCCAGACGUGGCGAAGUUUGCGAUCGCCUUGGCCUUCAAGAGCGCGCUCUCCAGCCGAUGGCGUGCACCUGGAGUUCUGCGACGGCUCCCUGAGGGAGGCGGACGCCGCAGGGGCGGCCUGAGUUUAAGGGCGGGCGCGGGGCCCUCGGGGCGGAGGCAGGGGCCGCGGGCCUGCUGAGCAGGGCCGCGCGGACGGGGCGGGGGCCUACGGGGGCGAGAGGUCGGCGGAGGCAUUGCCAGAGAGACAGUGCCCAGGUUGCCCGUGUUCUACCAUCAGCCGUCUGGGAUCCGAAGUAGGCAGCAUACCGAGCCCGCGUCGGGCAGACACGAUGUCGAUGCAAUAGUUUGCCGCUGUCUCUCGUAGCACUAGUAGCGCUCGCCGCGCGCAUUCUACGUAGGGCCUUGCUGGUAUGGCGUGGUGAAUCGGGCUGGCGGGGUUCAUCGAUCCGUGUUCGCGUGUUGGAGGGGACCUGGCAUCGCUUCAGAAUUGUUGAAUUGUUCAGUCACUGUCUGUGUACGCAGCCGCACUUCCCGAAGGCUUUGCUCGGGGUGCGACAGCUGAUUGAUCCUCAUGGCGACAGAUAGUUCCUGCGCCAGUCUUACCAGUCUUCGCAACCCACCGUCCUCCUCCUCCUCCUCCUCCGCCCACCUCUUUCCCUCGUCUCCUCCCUCCUCUUCUCCCCCCCUUUCCCCUGACGCGGGCGAGGGACACUUCCCGCGCCCUCUCUCGCAGCUGCUCGUCCCCCCCCCCCUCUUGUCUGCAGAGAUCGCGCCUGCGUCGCUCUGUUCCGCGAUGCGCCGCCUAGAGAAAAAAACAACAAAGUGGUCGAGCGCUGCGCGGGAGCCGCGCUAGGCUGACGAUGCACUCUGCGCAGACCCACCUGCUGCACGGGCAAGCUGGCGGUGCCCUGUGUUGUGCCGUGCCGAUGUGUGGCGCAUGCGCCUCCGUCUCUCCGGCGUGAGCGUACCAGAGCGCAUGUCCCCUGUAGCUGCACGGUCCCUGGUGGUUGCCACCUUUGCUCCCGGCACGGCGCAGGGUUUCUUGUGAAUGUCGUCCAGUGAAGCGCCGUAGAGCCCAGGGAUACAGACGAAACCGCUGCUAAGGAUCAGCCAGCUUUCCCUGGCAGCGCCCCCGCCCUUGCUUCCUUGACGCCGAGGCGGGGCAGACGGCGUGGCCUGUCAGCGGUGUUGCCGGUCAGCGGAGCUGGAUGGUCUUUGCGACAGUCUAUGCAGGCGCCGAGGGCGGCACGACGAGAUCUCUGCCGGAGGGCGCACGCAGAUGCACAGACCGGUCUUGCCCACAGGGCCGCGUCGCGCCACGCCGUCACGGGCCGCACCGGUUGGGACCAGCGUGGCGGCGUGCGGGGCUCUGCAGCAGGGCUGGGCCUGAGCGCUGUUUUGCGAGACUUCGGCCGUGUUUUAUUCCCAACCAUCCU